UCCACGGAGACACCGCACAGCCGCUUCUGUUCACUGCAACGAUCCCGAUCGCACACUUUGGAUUAUAACUAUGACUCUGGAAGAGAUCCGCGGACAAGAGAACGCAAUGGAAAACGUAGACAGGGUGCAAAGUGCAGGCGCAGCCCUGGAGGAGCUGCUGGUUGCUGCUAAGAAGCAGGAAUACCUGACAGUUGGAGUUUAUGAAUCUGCCAAAGUCAUGAAUGUUGACCCAGACAGCGUGGCAUUCUGCGUCCUCGCCACCGACGAGGAGUACGAGUGCGACAUCGCCCUGCAGAUCCACUUCACGCUCAUCCAGGCGUUCUGCUUCGACAACGACAUCAACGUAGUGCGCGUCAACGACAUCGAGCGCCUGGCAGACCUCGUGAGCUCAGGCGAGACCGGCGAGCCCAAGGACGCGCAUUGCAUUCUCGUCACGAGCCCCAGUGCAAACCCAUGGAAAGACCCCUCUCUGGACAAGCUGAGUCUGUUCUGCGAGGAGAGCCGCAGUGUGUACGACUGGGUGCCCACCAUCACGCUCCCAGAGCGCUGAAGUGACACUCCACCGACAACGCUUCACAUGAUGAUGAUGAAGAUGAUGAAAAGAAAGUCAAGGAGCUGAGCCUCAGUUGGGCUAGAGAGGCAUCAAGCCUUUCUGCCUCACAUGUCUGGAUUAAGAGGAUGUGGCUGUUACCCCCCCCCUCCACUUUGCAAGAGCACAACCUUCCAGUGCAUUGUGGGUCGGCACGUUGGUUCUUGGUUACCCUGAGGAAGUGUUCAAGUUCAGAGGUCAAGUGUGUGUGUGGACUGGGUCAGGGCGAACGUGGAGGGGACUGAAAAGCCUGACGGACACUGAGAAGGAUUUGGAAUGUACUGCAUAGUGCAUGAAUAGAUGAUAAGUGGCGCCCUAUAAAAGGCGAUGGGGAGCUGAGCGGAGCAAGGUCGCAGAGACUUUGCAAGAAAUGGACUCGUGAAAGUGCCGAAGCUGGACUGAAUCUCAUUAGGAGGGGAACGAGGAGGAUGCUGGUCCGGAAGAGGACGUCUGAUAAUGUCUAAAUGGACUUUACUUUUCUUUGCCAGCGCAGCAGCUAUCAGGAACUUCUUGGAAUAACGCACAGACUUUGCUUGCGAAUCCUGAUCAGCGCUGUGUCUGAGUCUGUGACACUUACUCAUGGACAUAUAUUUUGACUUUCAAAUAUGCAACAUUGUUUGAAUUGUACUCAAUUUUAAUGUUUUUUUUUCUGAAUAAACAAUUGAAAUCAAACUCA